CACGUCCAAAAAGUCGGUACUAGGAAGGUACAUUGAAACGCUAAGGUAGGAUCGGAAAUAUCAGAUCUUCCUAACCUUAAAGUCAAUUAGUAGGUUACAGAGCCUCAGCAAGGUUGUUUAGUGACUUUAGCGACCUUCCAUAAGAAAAUAAAACAAACCAAACUCCAAUAGCUCCAAUUACCGAUUUUCUUACCAUCACCACUUCUCGACGUUGUCGCAUGUAAAACUUUACUAUCGAAAAUUUAGUGUACCUAGGUGACUGACGAAUUGAGUCAUCGAAAUUUUAUUCUCUUUAUUCAUUGAAACUACUUAGUACCUAAUUACCUAGUCAAUAACUAUGGCGACCGAUGUGGAUCUACCAAAGCGACAAAUCACCCCAGUCCCAGUACCUGUUCUACCCGUAUCCGUUCCCCAGAAACGACCUCUCGAAGACGACCACGCGCCCCCCGUCUCUUCACCACUCAACCCAAACCCAGAUGUAAAACCCAGUAAAUCUCAGUCGCAUGACGACGUAGCAGUCAUGGCGCGCGAGAAACCCGCAAGGAACAAAAAGGAGAGCAUAAAAAAACGAGAAUCCAAAGGUGGAGCUGGUGCAGAUAGCUCUAGAGCAACGCCCGACCCGAAGAUCAAAGAGCUUCAGCUACCUCCGAACGAGUCUUCGCCUCUGCGCUACAAGCUAGCACCCCCGAAGCCGUCUGAUUUCGAAACAGCACGAGGUCCAAUAUUUACUCCCCAUCACGAAGUCCCUGCCCCGGACGGAUCUACCAUCCAGUUCUACGAAACAUCGGAACAUGUCUACAACAAGAAGAGUUAUCACUACCUACACUGCAUAGCCGACCCUGCCUUCCCUUCCUCCUUUUACUAUCGACAGACCGAGCCCGAACCAUACGGUGCCCAUAUCAGCUUCGAAGAUGCCGCCACGCAUAUGUAUAUGGACCAAUUGGGCCGACACAUAACGACAGACAAAGGUUUUAGAACGGCAAGAGCCAAUGUUGCCAUUCGCCAAGGUCGAUGGUAUUGGGAAUGCAAGAUUACUAGAGGUACUACUAAGAGCAACCCAGAUGGAAGUGUCGAAUCGCACGGUCACGUACGUCUAGGAUUCGCUAGACGUGAAGCCUCGUUAGACGCGCCGGUUGGUUAUGAUGCGUACAGUUACGGUAUUCGCGAUGUGCAGGGCCAGAAGGUACACAUGUCACGACCUAAGGAUUUCUUCCCACCCGGCGAAGAGAUCAAGGAAGGCGACGUGGUCGGACUCGAGAUCCAACUACCGUCGGAGCAAUUGCACAGAAAGGUCGUCCAGGGCCAUUAUAACCCUGCCGUGGACUCACUGGACGACGAAGAACCCACUGCGGAAGCCGCCAACAUUGUUCGGGACAGAAUACCGAUCCGCUUCAAGCAGCACAUCUACCUCGAGAAGAUUGACUACCACACGACUAAGGAGCUUGAGGACCUUAUGAACCCCUCCCCUGCUGGCCCAUCCGGCACGAUAGGCAGCAGACCGGCCGAUCGUCCAAACCCAAACCACCAGGUGCCGGCCUUGCGCACGCUGCCCAAGUCCUGUAUUAAGGUCUAUAAGAACGGCGUACUGAUGGGCACCCCAUUUACCGACCUUCUCGCCUUCCUCCCACCAGCUUCAAAACCCCAAGUACAAGUGGGCGCAAGGGAGGGUAUGGAUGAUGGUAUGGCAGGAUACUACCCUGCCAUCAGCGUGUUCCGAGGCGGCGCCGCCGAGGUUAAUUUUGGCCCGGAUUUCUGGUACCCUCCUCCGGACUAUCUUAAUGCCAACUCAAACGUCGAGUCCUCCGACCCCGACGGCGAUGGCGACGUUGAAAUGGUCGACGUUGAUACGGUUAAAGUUGCCACCACCGCAACUAAUACCGGUAACAGCAAUAAGGAUAAGGUCCGUCCGGUGGCGGAACGAUACGACGAGCAGAUCGUGGAAGAUGUGGUAGCAGACAUAGUCGACGAGAUCGACUUCUGGAUGCGCGACGGCGCGCGCAUCAUCGAUCGUACGGGAGGAGGAGACGCGAAGGCGGAGACGACGGCCGGGAUCGCGCCCGCCAGGGAGGAGAUCAAGGAGCUCGUGCAAGACGACUAGGGUCCGUCAGGGUCUGAGGCUGCGAGAUUAUCCUCCGGCGGAGCUGCGAGCCCGGCCGGUACUAGUGCUGCUAGUGCUACCGCCACUGCUAAGAACAAGGACGAAGAUGUGGAGAUGAAAGAGCAGAUAAACGUGGACG